AUGCGAGGCCAGGGCCACCCUACCGGAGUCUGUGAAGAUGAUCUGUAUAUCGAUCAUCAUCACAGACCUGCUCUGCAAAUCGAGAGAGCCCUUCAAUUAUUCAAGGCGCCCGUUUCCCUACGCCUGCCGGUGAACACCGAGGGUCGUAGGGAAACAGCCUGUUCGAGUUGCUCAUCCGUGGCCUUUUGA